GACGAGGCGUGGUCGGAGGUCUCGCGCCCCCUCCACCCGGCAGUCGGUGAGGCGCCUCGAAGGAGGGCGGAAGUGGCAACCUUUGGCUUUCUUCUCCUCCCUGCAACAGCCCCUUGUUAAAGUUAGAAGAUGGCGGUGAUGGAACUUGUUUGCCAAGACACUCCAGCCCCAGGCAUUGGGCACCUAAAGGAGAUUUCUGCAGGCAAAGGACCACAGGAGGCAGCAAAUGAGAAAAAGAGCAGCAUUUGCAAAGUAGAGGAUCCAGAGCAAAUGUUCCAAGGCCCAUGGAAGAUCCUGAAUGAUGUGAUUGCCAAAGGCACUGCCAAGGAAGACAGUGGGAAAGGAAGCUUAGCCUCAAUCUCUAUCAUCGCCCAAGCAGAAUGUGAGAUCAGCCAGGAGUUCAGCCCCACCUAUUCAGAGAGGCCUUUUAUUGCUGACACCAAGAAAUACAGCAGCCAAUCUUUCAGCCUUGACCAGAUUCCCAACAAUGUGGCUCAUGCAACUGAAGGGAAAAUGGCUCCAGUUAAUCGGAAGACCGUGCAUCCAGGUAAAUCCCGGAAGAAACGGCGAAAGAAAAGAUCCCACCUAAUGACAUCAAAGGGAACAUCCUCACUGUUUCAAAAGCCAAAGACUCCAGAGCAGGAGAGCUGCAUACCAGUACAGGAGGAUGACUCUCACUUUAGCACUUUCUUCAACAGCACUUCAUGGCAUUCAGAGCCAUGUAAAGAUUUGGGCCAUGAUUUCAGUUGCUUCAAGAAGCCCAGCAAACUCUUACCUACUGGCCAGUUGCACUUGCUGAAGAACCCAACCAAGCUAGAAUUACACAAGUUGAUCAGUCCUGCUCAAUGCCUGAGCCAUGUUUUGAAGUCUCAUACUCUGGACAAUUUUGCCCCUCAGUCAGAGAUUCUACACCCAUUCCCCUCUGUCCAGUUUUCACCUUAUUUCCACGGCUGUGACAACCUACAUCCUGCCAUGAAACAUAGCCCUCUGCAGACAUAUCUGUUUGAUGAUCUUUCACGUGUUAAUGGUGAAAGUCACCUGUCAGAUCUGAGUUUGGAGCAUAGUUUGUCCACAUGCGGCCAUGAAUCUGCAAAAACCACAUCAGAGAAGCUGUCUAUGGAAGAAUUUCUGGUGGAUGCCUUGAAGGGAAAUGUAAUUCUUGGAGAACCAAGAAACUUAGCUUGUUUGGCCAAGACAUGGAAAGGACUGAGUUCGAAGACAUGCCCUCAAGAAAUGGAUGAAAAUGAAGGUGUGCUGCUUGUAGAGAAACUCAAAGCAGUGGAUUAUGAAUAUCGUGAAGAUGUUCACUGGACUAAAUGUCAGAGCUUGCUUGGCACAGGAUCAUUUGGGGAUGUGUACAAAAUGGAGGACAAGCAGACGGGCUUUCAGUGUGCUGCAAAAAAGGUGAGAGUUGAACACUUCCGUGCAGAGGAGUUGACAACGUGUACUGGAAUGAUGCAUCCUAAAAUCCUGCCAUUAUAUGGAGCAGUGAAGGAAGGCCUCUGGGUUACUAUUUUCAUGAAGCUUAUGGAGGGUGGGUCACUUGGCCAGCUGCUCAAGCAGCGUGGUUAUUUGCCAGAAGAUAGAGCCCUUGAUUAUCUGGGCCAAACAUUAGAAGGCUUGGAGUACCUCCAUGCAUGCGGUGUUCUCCAUGGAGAUGUAAAAGCUGACAAUGUCCUCUUAUCUGGUGAUGGAAACCACACUGUCCUCUGCGAUUUUGGUCAUGCAGCUCACCUCCACCCAGAUGGUGGGGGGAAGUACUUGGUGACUGGGGAUUAUGUUCCUGGCACAGAGACCCACCUGGCUCCAGAAAUUGUGAUGGGAAAACGCUGUGAUUCCAAGGUAGACGUUUGGAGUAGCUGUUGUAUGAUGCUUCACCUCCUGAAUGGCUGCCAUCCUUGGACCCAAUAUUAUAAUCACCCUCUCUGCCUGAAGAUAGCCAAAGAGCCACCUCCUCUAAGAGAAAUUCCCCCCUCCUCUCACCCAUCCACUGCCCAUGUCAUUAAAGCUGGCCUUGAGAAGGAGCCAACAAAGAGAGCCUCAGCUGCAGAACUGAGAGCAAAGGUCUACACAGCUCUCCAGCAGGUUGGAGGCCUGACAAGCCCCUGGAGAGGGGAAUAUAGAGAACCCAGAUGCCUACAAGUGGCACAAGAAACAAGUCGCCCAGAACCACUCUUACAAGAAGUUGAGCCUCCUCCUAGCCUGAAGCCAUUGGCCAGGAGCCCUGGUCCACCACUCCCUCCUCAGGGCUGGACUGAGAGAACCCAAUUAACCCAUCCUAGUAUGUGCAAGAAAUUAUUAUGGCCAUAUGACUCUCUUCAGCCUUCUAUGCUGACUCCGCUCAACAGUAAGAAGGGCAGCUUGACAGAAUGGACAACCUUGGAACAUGACCUUCAGCAGCUGGAGUUCGAGCUGAUCCUAAACAGCCUCUCAGAGCCCUUCUCUCUGGAGGAGCAGGAGCAAAUGCUCUCGUGCCUCAGCAUGGAAGGCUCCUUCCCAUCAGACACCAGUGAGAAGGUCUCAUUGAAAAUGUCUCAUAGUCUGAAGGACACAAUGAGUUCGGGAGUGCAUUCAUGGAACAGCCAAAUAGAUGGGCAGAGCAACAGCUGGAACAGUUGGCUACAGUGGAGCAGGCAGACAGACGUGCCCACCUACUUUGACGGGGUAAAGAUUGAAAUCCACUUGCUUAGUGGGGAGAACCUGCACAUCAGAGAAUUCCGUGGGGCCAAGGUGGGGGACGUUGCAAGAGGAAUCAGUAGUCAGAUACCAGCCUCAGCAUUUAGCUUCUUCACAAAGGAAGGUCAGCCAGUUUGCUGUGAGAUGGGCAUCCCUGAUUCGGGCAUCGAACUUCAGUGCACUCUUGCCCCUGACUGCAGCCGUGGCUGGGCUUGGAGGGUCAAACAUGGUCACCUGGAAAAGAGGCCAUAAGAAAUUCUGUCCGUUCCAUCAUAUGAUCUGUGACAACCUUCACCAGUUUGGUGUCCACUGUAUGAGUUGGAUUACAGCCACUGGCAUUUGUAGUCCAACACAUUCGCAAGGUACGAGUAUGGAAAAGGCUACUCCUUGAUAAUCACCCAUCCACCUCCCAGAGUCAGCUGUGAUGUUUUCAGAUGGAUCAGUGGUCAAAAUUGUUGCCGGCUGUGAAUCAUUGGUAAUCUUCUAAAGAGGAAAAUUUCCCCUCUCUGCUUCUUGGUUGCAUUUGAUCCACUUGGGCAGAAUCUCCUGAAAGCUGUGCAUAAAUAACAUCAACGAAAUGAUCA